CUUCCUGUCUCCUUCGACCAAUCAAGCGAAAUAAAAACCCCCCAAUCAUCCAUCACCCACCCAAAGAAAAACCACCAUCGAUUCCCAAGAGCGGAUAGAAUCUGCCAUUUUCGCCCGGAAAGAUGGGAACUUUUUGGGUCGAGGGAUCAUCAUCGACCAACAGUAGCAAGAGUAGAGCGAUCAGAGAGCUCGUCGAUGGCCGCGAAUCGGCCAUCCGGCUCAAGACCCUUCUCUGUAAACCCUCUGGGAAUAAUGGGUCUCUCUCGGCCGACGAGCUUGUCGUGAAGAUCUUGAGAUCUUUCACCGAGAGUCUCUCUGCUUUGAGUUCUUGUGAACAUAGUGAGGUUCGCGAGGACAUGUCGCCCCAAAUGGUUGGCUUCGGCUCCGGUUGUGACGAUCAGGGGUCUGAACAUUCCGGCGAGAGUAGGAAGAGGCCGGGCUUGAAAGACGGGAGAGGUUGCUAUAAGAGAAGAAAGGAGUCUGAAACAUUCACAACAAUUUCUUCCACCAAGGAUGAUGGUCAUGCUUGGAGAAAGUACGGCCAAAAGGACAUUCUCAAUUCCACAUUCCCAAGAUGCUACUUCAGGUGCACCCACAAGCAUGACCAAGGUUGCAGAGCUACCAAGCAAGUCCAGAAAAUGGAGGACGAUCCCAAAGUGUACCAAAUCACAUACAUUGGCAAUCACACAUGCAGAGAGAUCACGAGGGCGCCACAGAUGAUCACGGAUUCUGAUCCUUGGGAAUCCUCUUACCCUCCCUCCCGCAACAAUUCGGACACAAAGCCUCUGAUUAAUUCUCAGCAAAGUUUUCCCCUCUGCUCGGCUAGAAACAGCAUCAAGAAAGAAGAGGAACCGGCGCUAGUUAAGGAAGACACCACAACAACCACCACGAGCGACUUGACGGACAACCUUCCGUCCUUCGAUUCAAUUUUGCCUCCGGAACUGAUGGGUUUCGAGUCAUCUGACCCGACCGCCAUGUACCUGUCUUGUGCGGAUGGUAGUCCGCACGGUUUUCUGGACAUGGACCCGAUGGGACGACUCGGUUUUGAUGGCGAGUUUCCAUUUUAUGAGAACGUGCUCUUCUCCUAGCACUCGGAACGCGAAUCAGCGUGGCGUGUAUACUCUUGCUUGUACCAUUUUGUUCCGUAGAGCUCGAGGAAAAACCAGUUUAGAAAUGAAAAAAUUGCACUCUCAACUUGUGAGAAACUUCAGAGUGUGUUGAGACUCGUCUUUUGUA